UUUUAGCAAAUGUCGUCAUUUUUUCCCGUCCAAAUCCAAGAUGGCGUCCUUGUUUGCUUCGAAUCCCUUUUCUUCUCCUGUUGGACAAAGAAUAGAGAGGGCUACAGAUGGAGCUUUGGCGUCAGAAGACUGGGCUUUGAAUCUAGAAAUUUGUGAUAUUAUAAACGAGACAGAAGAGGGGCCUAAAGACGCAAUCAAGGCUAUUAGAAAACGACUCACCAAUAAUAAGAAUUUUAAAAGUGUUAUUUUGACUUUAACGGUGUUGGAAUCAUGUGUCAAGAACUGUGGGCACAGAUUUCAUGUACUGGUUGCCAAGAAGGAUUUUCUUGAGGAAAUGACCAAGAUUCUUAAUCCUAAGGUUAAUGCACCUCAGGUCGUACAAGAAAAGAUUCUCUCUCUUCUUCAAGACUGGGCCGAUGCAUUCAGGAACAGUCCUGACAUGGGGAAUAUCCUACACACAUACGAGUCUCUUAGAAACCAAGGGAUCGAGUUUCCGCCCAAAGACCUGGAUACUUUAUCUCCAAUAUUUACACCAGAAAGAUCACAACCAGAAAGACCAGUUGCACCCUUGGGAGGAUCUCCAUCACAUCAACCCUCGGCAGCUCCUCCUCCCAACAUGCAGCCACCAACUCACCAACUACCAACUCACCAACCACCACCAGCAGCCGUGACAGGACCUAUUAACCCAACACCUGAACAGCUUGCAAAGUUACGGUCAGAUUUAGAUAUUGUGCAAGGAAAUGUACAAGUUAUGUCGGAGAUGCUGACAGAGAUGACACCAGGACAAGAAGAGGCUGGAGACCUGGAACUAUUACAGGAAUUGAAUAGAACAUGCCGAGCAAUGCAACAACGUUUGAUGGUACUUCUCGAGCAAGUGGCAAAUGAAGAAGUUGUUGGUGAGCUUCUAAGAACUAAUGAUGACAUCAACAAUGUUUUUAUUCGAUAUGAUCGCUAUGAGCGAUUCCGCCAAGCCCAGUCAAAGCCUGCUGAACCACCCAGGCCAGCACCUACAACAGUACCGCCGAUGCCUCCAAGACCAGCAGCUCAAACAGUCUCUCCUGCAGAUAUUAACCUGACAGAGGCUUCUUCUGAUGCUCUGAUCAGUUUUGAUGAACCCUCCCUAUCCACCCUUGCGGAGGCUGAUGGUGAUGCUGGUGCAACAAAUGGUGUUACAUCACAACUACAAGGACUAGAUAUUAAGAAAACUAACCAAGAGCCGGAUGUAGCUGCAUCUGUCACUCAUGACGAUGAGUUUGACAUGUUUGCACAGUCAAGAAAAAGCACUUUUGAAGAAAGUAGACAAAGUGGAACUACAUACAGUGACAACCAACAACCAAUGGAUCGUCUCAUAACCGAUUCUCUGAGCAUUAACAAAUCACAAGCUAACUCUUCAUCAGCAGAGGUCAAGCCCACUGAACCAAGGUCUGGGGACUCCACACAGCAGGGACAAACAUCUGCUACAAAACACGAGCCCCCCAUGGAAAGUAUUGAAUCUUGGCUAGGAGAAGAAAAUGUUGCAAAGGAAGAAGAAGCUUCAGGACAAGCAGAGACACUGUCUAGUCAAGAUUUUGACCAGUUUCUGGCAGAACGUGCUGCCUCAGGUGGUCAACGAUCAAAUAGCGCAAAAUCUGGUUCCCAGCGACCAAAACAACGACAAAUGCAAAUGGAAAAUAAAACAGAAGACGAAUUCUUUGGACUAUGAAGAACACAGAAUCUUCUUAUUAGUUGUUUUGCCUAAUUCUCAAAUGUGAGAGCAAAUAGGAGGACUACAUCCAAUGAAACUUCUAAGAUGUGAUCUUAAAUGUGUUUUUAAAGGACUCAAUUGUUUACCGACGUAAAGGUUGGAAUAGCUGUUUUACUUCAAUCACAUCUUGUAAUAUGUAACUAAAUGAGUUCUCAAGAUGCUAUAGAAACACACAUUUGAGACCUUUAGAUCUGAUGAUGAGUAUGAAAAUAAUGAGUGUUGUUAGUUGCUUUGCUUGCUUACAAGCUUGACAUUGCAUUGACAUAACCAAUUAGAUGAAACUUCAUAGCUGCUGUCUUGUUUACUGAGAGUUUUUUUGGAACCAUCAGCUUCAUAGUGUUGAAAACAAAGUGUAAAUGAAUGAAUUGGUUUUAGUUACUUUUUGUUUUAUACUUCAUGAGAGAUGUUAUUAAGCUUAAGUCGUUAUCAAAGCUGUCUAAUCCAUUCUAUUUUCAUGUGAUUUUGAUUUUUUUCAGCUCCCCUUGCAGUGAACAGAGAUCAGAUCAUUUUUCAUGUUGACCUAAAUGUUUUUUAAACAUAGUGCGAAUACAAGGACAAAAUAUAUUACAGACCAGGUCAUACUAUUAGUCGUAGUCUUGGUUGUCAGAUCUAAAGGUCUCUAUCAUGUAUUCUCCCACCCCAACCUCAUGCCACAGUAUGAACAAGAAAAGGCAAUAUGUCAUAGAAUAAUCAGCAAGCUACCUCUCAAAAUAUAUCAGACUUUUACUUAGAAAGAACUGGAUUAGUUACACAGUCUUAUUAUUAAUAAGUGUCUAGCAUAACAGUAUCGUACCUUUCAAGAGUUAAUCAAGUAUUUCCUUUACAAAAGCUGGAUAUAUCGUUCUAGCAGAACCUGGUAGCAGUGGUAGUACUGGACAUAAAUGGAAAAUAAAAAGAAAUCCAAAUAAUAACUGUGAUUUUUUUUUCAAGAAUGAAAUAAAAAUAUAACUGAGUAAUGAGUAAAAGCAUAA